UUCUGUUGCGGACUCCUUGGGGCUCCGUGGGAUGUUCAUGCGGGCAAAUAUUCUAGCGUACAUUCCCCCCCAACACCGUGCAUUCCGUGACGCUGUACAACGUAUUAUCCCUUGUUUUAGGUAUGGUGCUACCCUAGAUAGUAUCAUGUUCAAUACCACCAACGUAGCGAGAGAUGUAAAUCAUGGUAAAUAUAGAUGCAUUUGCAAAGACCACCAAUGGAGUCAGUACACGGUUGUUGCCAAGGAUGGUUCCAAAUGUUUGAUUACCACAAAUGCCGCAUGUCUUCAGGAUGACAAUGCUGCAGCUGUGCUAAACCUACAAGCUGGUUUUAGAGCAGAAUAUGCUGAAGCCUUGAAUGACCUCUCUUUCUUUGAAUCGCUCAUAGACGCCAUAGAAUCGUGCAUUGGCGAUUUAUGUCAUGAACUCAAAGUGCCACGCGAUGACAUUGAAGAAUGAAUGGGAGGAUAUUUGUACGACGCG